GCUGCGCUGUCUGUGGGACGUAGGAGACUGUUCAGCCCUCAACUCAGCACACGAGCGGAUAUAGACAUGAACAUUUAGACAAACAACAACCAUUUUACCAGCGAACACAACCCGGAGGUCCGAGGCUUGUGUAUUAUCGUUUCUUUGGGGCUGUUUUGCGUCGGUUUACGUGGAGCACUGCCGCAGCAGGAGGAGCACGCGCCGCUACUGUUGUUGUGAGUGAAAAAAAAACAGCUCAGAGUGUUAGCUGAGCGGUGUGAUCAUUGACAGAGUUCAAUACACACUCGCGUUGUGCGCUCGGAGCUGUCUGUGGCCAACCCAAGCACCUCUAAAGAAGCUCUUCUCUCCUAAACUGAGCAUUAAAUCUGAACCUCAGGCAGCAGAAAGCCAAAACAGACACGACUUGCAGUGUUUCUCUGGCCCAGAACGUUUUGUGCCCCAUCAUGAAUGAGGUCACUGUUGUGAGAGAGGGAUGGCUCCUCAAGAGAGGUGAAUACAUCAAAACGUGGAGGCCUCGCUACUUCAUUUUAAAAACUGAUGGAUCUUUUAUCGGCUACAAAGAGAAGCCUGAGGUGUCCAGCGAUCACAAUCUCCCACCACUAAAUAACUUUUCAGUAGCAGAAUGUCAGAUAAUGAAGACAGAGCGGCCAAAGCCAAACACAUUUGUCAUUCGGUGCCUUCAGUGGACCUCCGUUAUUGAGCGCACCUUCCAUGUCGAGACCAAUGAAGAAAGGGAGGAGUGGAUGCGCUCGAUCCAGGCUGUGGCCAAUAGUCUGAAGAGCCAGCAUCAGGACGAGGAGCCCAUGGUCAUAAAGUACGGCUCUCCCAGCGACAGCAGUGGAGCAGAGGACAUGGAGGUGGCAGUGUCCAAGGCCCGCAACAAAGUGACCAUGAGUGAUUUUGACUAUCUGAAGCUCCUCGGUAAAGGCACUUUUGGUAAAGUCAUCCUGGUGAAGGAGAAGGCCUCAGGGAUGUACUACGCCAUGAAAAUCCUCCGCAAAGACGUCAUCAUCGCUAAAGAUGAAGUGGCCCACACUGUUACAGAAAGCAGAGUACUUCAAAAUACAAGACAUCCCUUUUUAACUACACUCAAAUAUGCAUUUCAAACCCACGACCGGCUAUGCUUUGUGAUGGAGUAUGCAAAUGGAGGAGAACUAUUCUUCCACUUAUCUCGAGACCGUGUUUUCACUGAGGACAGAGCUCGUUUCUAUGGAGCUGAAAUAGUAUCAGCAUUAGAGUAUUUGCACUCAUGUAAUGUUGUUUACAGAGAUUUAAAGCUGGAGAACCUGAUGCUAGACAAGGACGGACACAUGAAGAUUACAGACUUUGGUCUUUGUAAAGAAGGAAUCACAGAUGGAGCCACAAUGAAGACUUUCUGUGGGACUCCGGAGUACCUAGCGCCAGAGGUGUUGGAGGACAAUGACUACGGACGUGCGGUGGACUGGUGGGGUUUGGGCGUGGUCAUGUACGAGAUGAUGUGCGGCCGUUUGCCUUUCUACAACCAGGACCACGAGCUCCUGUUUGAACUGAUCCUCAUGGAGGAGAUCCGCUUCCCCAAAAACCUGGGUCCUGACGCCAAGUCCCUGCUGGCAGGUCUGCUCAAGAAGGACCCCAAGCAAAGACUUGGAGGAGGACCAGACGAUGCCCAAGAAGUGAAGAGCCACGUGUUCUUUAUGUCAAUCAACUGGCAAGAUGUGAUUGACAGAAAGCUCGUUCCGCCCUUCAAACCCCAGGUCACUUCAGAAACAGACACCAGAUAUUUUGAUGAUGAAUUUACGGCGCAAAGCAUCACUAUAACUCCACCUGAUAAAUAUGACAGUCUUGAUGCCGAAGAUUCCGACCAGCGAACGCACUUCCCUCAGUUUUCCUACUCUGCCAGCAUACGAGAAUGAGCAGGCAACCCCUCCCACUUCCACACACACACACACACAUGUCCACUGCUGGGAAACACAAAACUGGCACAAUUUACAUAUUCAUUCUGUCUCAUUUUGGCAAUUUAGGCAUCAGAUCUUUUUAAAUGAAGACGCAGGCUGUGAAUGACUGCAGAAGGUUAGUGUGUGGGAGACUGGCAGCUUUGUCAAGAUAUCCUCUCUUUCUCUACACGCACCACAUUAAGGCCUUGACACUUGAGAACCAGGUUAUGCCAGCAAGUUCUACGUUUUUACCAGCUGUACUCAUACAUUACCCUCUUAUGUGUAAAGCCGUCACAGUUAUUUAGUAUUAAAAACAUUGCAAACAGGUGCACCAUGUAACUUUUUAAUGGAAAUUCUGCCACCUGCUGCUCACAAAGAGAAUGUUAUACCCUUAAAAAAAAAAAAAUCAUCCUUAAAACAUUCGUACUGAGAGCGGGAUUCUCAAUGCUCGUCUUCAUUGAGAUUAAUAUAUUUAAUGCCAUACCGUGGGACAUCACAGGCAAAGCAAUAAGCGGGAGAAGCAGGUGGCGGACACAAACACCCAAAAAUUUACGUAGUGUACCUUUUGAGGCAUUUUAAGUUGAUGUUUUUUUUACAGCUUUAAAUGUAAAGCCAUAGAAUGCAUAAUAUGUGAUGUGCAGUGGUGACUAAAGUUAUUAGUGCACCUGACGGACCGGAAAGAAUCGACUCCAAAGUUAAAAACUGAGUGCUUAUAUCAAUGUUAAAUUUGUUGUGGCUGCAUCUUCUGCUGUGGGAUGUAAUAGUGAAAUGCGCCUAAUUGUUUCUCAUAAUAUGUCUGCGUGAUCCCUCAGUCGUCCAGGUCUGAUCCACAGUAAAAGCCAAAAGUUAAAUCUGUCAACUGGACAAAAAGUUGUAGGAGUGAAGACAUUUGGCUGCUCAUUCGUCUUCUUCUUCGUUCUUCUGAUCAGAUUACUGCUGGACACUGCCUUGAAUCUUAUAGCCCAAUGGACCUAACCUACAAACAGAAACCGUAAACAGAAGCUGUUUUCAGUUUAGGUGUCGUUAGCUCCUCUUUUCAGACAGAUAUAACUCAGUGUCCACCAGCAAUCUGACUAGAACUGAAGACGUUUGGCUGCUCAUCUAAGCCUACAACUUUUUGUCCAGUUGACAGAUUUAACUUUUGACUUUUACUUCUCAUAAUAUGAAAAAUCGCCCAAAUGUCCUAAUUAAUAAUGAUUCUAUCCUGCUAUUAAAAGGUAUUAUAGAGAUUUAAUAUAUUUUGAGUAACUUCAAAAAUGCCAGGUGAGCUAAUACUUUUUUGCCACCACUCUAGUUGGUCUUUCUUUAAAUCUUUUGUUAUAAAUCGCGUGUUUUAAGUUGGUAAAGUAGAGUUAAGUGGCAGAAUUGUUAGACUGGGUAACGCAUGUCUGAUCGAACGGGUGUUUUAUGAGAGUCGCUGAUAUUUCAACAACCAUUUUAACUGUGGCUCAUCAGUUGUGUCUUUCAUGCAUGUAUGUUUCAAAAGGUCUUAAGCAACAAGAGACAACACAACACAGCACAGCCUUUUUUUUUUUUUGUAAAGUUGCACUAUGUAACUUUUCUGGUAAGCAUGUCAAUACAUCAGCUGUGACCUGAAUGUCUUAUGUUAAAAUUGGCUUACUGCUGGAAAGUGAAGUAUUUAAAAGUGAACUUCAAUUAGGUUUGGCAUUUUAUAACGAGAAUAAUCAUUUUUGAAACAUUCCUUUUUUUCCCCCAUGUGUUCCUGGACUUUGGGUUGCUAUAGAAACCUGCAUGGCAAAUGUUUCACGUUGUGCUCAGGAUAAAGAUAAACCAGCCAUUUCAAACCUUUUAAGGCCAGUUCUAUUAUUUGAAAGACACAAAUAAAGUCUGCAGCAUGUAUAUCUCUAAUAAAUAUUAACUAACCAUCGCUUUCCACGCUUCCAACUUCAGUAAUCUGUAAAUUAUUAGGCACCAUUGUACCAUUCCUAAUUGUGUUUUAUGUUUAAAUUAUAUUUUAAUUUAAGCCUCUGAAUGUUCCUGUAUUUAAAGUGUGAGAGAGACCUAUUGUUGGUCAAAACCCAAUUUAAGUGAUCCACAUUUUACAUUUAUUCUAUUUUUCUCGCUGUAUCUAAGCUCUUAAAUCGACGUCGUCAUGCACCUGCACCAGUUCGUUUCUACAUUCCACCUAAGCACUUUUUUUGACCGGUUCUCGACUUAACUAUACCGGUUGAGAAUUGGAAACUAUUUCAUAAAUCAGCUGUGUUCAUUUCAAACGUUUUUAAAGUCAUGACCGCACAAGGUUGAGAGGUUUUUGACAGCUUUCUGAAGUGCUCAUAUUGACGCAAGCAAAUUCCAUAUUGCUGGAAAAAAAAAAAAAAGUGUUGUUCAUUAUGUUAAUUUUUUAUCACUGUUGUCCAUUCCUCAAAUUCUUUUGACACCUGUAUACAUUAUAUAAAGUAUAUAUUAAAAGGUUUUAAACAUUC